AUGCCGCUCUUCACACCAUCAACGUUCUAUUACCUCUCGGCCGCGACAAUGGCCCUCACGAUCCCCAAACACAUCGCCACAGGCUUCAGCGUCAUCUACCCCGCACUCGCACAGAUCCCAUCCACCAGCCGCGAGAACGAGAUCGCGAAGGGCGUUGCGGGGCCCACGUGGGAUUAUGCUGUUGUUGCUACUGUUGUUUUGGCGGCCCUCAACGCAAAAUGGGCACGCCUCGGCGGCCCGCGCACUCUAGAGGAGAAGCUCAUCCUCUGGAGCAGCGUGCUGGGCUCCGCGGUACUGGGCUGGCAGUACUGGAAGGUCGGGAUGGCGGUCGCGCUGCCUGUGCUGUGGGGCGCGCCGGCGCUGAGCGUGGUUGCGACUUUGUGGAGCGGAUGCUAG